GUCUACUACGAUCUUGAACAGUAGCCAAGCCUCCUGGAACCCUGGCUGCAGCAGUCUCUGAGGGUCUGACUAACUGAGCAUAUUGAAAAAAACUUCCUAGGCCCCAUUGUACAAGAAGAGUACUCCACUGGUCUCAAGAGAAUUUUUGCUUUUAUUUCCUUGAAUCAGAUGGAUAUGAUCUUAACCAAUUCCUGAGAUGCUCUCAAGCCAUCUUUCUUAUUGUCUCUGGACAAAGCCUUUAGCCUUUUAAUGGCAGUAAUGUCUUUAACAACUGCAACUUCAUUAACUCCAGUUUUACUCUGGCCUUUCAAAUCCAUAUUUUUUCAAUAUUUAUGCUCUGCUUUCUGCUUCUGGUUAUCACAAUAAAUUUAGCUAAAAGUCACUAGCAAUAUCAAUGCUACCACCUGAAUGUUAUGUAGCCUAGAUUUCUUCUGCCAGAUUGAUAAAUCCAUUGCUUUAAAAAUCAGCCUCACAGAAAUUCUCGGGACACAGACAAAAUGCAGACAACUUCUCAGCCAGAACAUAACAUGAAUGGCCCUCUAACCCAUUUACUCAUAAUGUCCUCCUUUUCAUCUAAACCCUUAAGCCCUGUCUUCACUGUCCACAGUCCUAUUGGCAUUCUGGUCUUCUAAGCCCCCACCAGAAUCAGCCGUUAAGCUCUGCUUACAACAACCUAAAGCAUUUCCAACUUGCACUGCUAAACAUCUCAAAAUUCUUACCACCAAUUCCAAAAAGCUCCCCAAAAAUUCUUAACCAUAAGAUCAGGUCAGUCAUAGCAGCAACCCCACUCCUGGUACCAAUUUUUGUUUUAGUUAGCUUUUUUGCCACUGCAACUAAAAGACCUGCACAGUGGUAGAGGAGGAAAAGUUUGAGGUCUCAGUCCAUAGAAGGCUGGCUCCAUUCCUCAGAGCUUGAGGUGAGGCAGAACGUAAUGGCUAAAGAGUGUGGCAGAGGGAAGUGACUCAUGUGAUGAUCAGAAAGCAGCUGUUAUGUUUCUAGUUAAAACAAUUCAGGCUUUGUGAUUUCUCUGCUCAGAGUCUUCCAGUGGCUGUGUAUUUCCCAUUGUGAAGUUCCCCCAGUGGCCCACUCAACCCUGUGCAGUCUGUCUUCUCAUUGCUUCUGGGAUGUCCUCAUCCGUGGCUCUGUGGCUCUUUUGCUCCAGCCCUCCCUCUGCUGUGAUGGCUUCUUUAGGCAUAUUCAGGCUUGGCCCUCAUUCCUCAAGUCUUCUCAGACGCCAUUUUGUAAUGAGUGAGUGGCAUAAGAAGUUCCUGGUACCAUUUGUAAUGUGUUGUAGGUGCUGAAUAAAUAAUAGUAAUUAUUUGACUCUCAAAAUAGCAUUGUAUGGAAGUAGCUAUUAUUGUCCCUAUUUUAUUGUGGGAAAAACAGAGAGAGGUUAGCUGGCCCAGAACACUGACUGUCAAGCUUUCUUGAUUGUCUUCCAAGGCAAGGAAUGUAUUUUUCUUUACAUUUCAGCCAGUACCUGGGUUACAUGUAUGAAAGAAUAUGUCUGUCGAUAACUAAAACAAGUUUCCCAAGCCCUUAACUACAUUUGAUACAUUCUGACGUUUUCUACUCUUAGUUCUUUUCUUUCUUGCAUGCUUUUUUAAAAAUGCUAACAAACCAGAGUUUAGUUUGAGAACCCCUUUGACAAAUUACAUGUUCAGCCUUUGCUUCUGCAUCUGUUGCUCUUCCCUGUGGCAACGUCUUCAGAGAUUCUUCCUACCACAAACUGCUAGUACACAGCUGAGUUAGUACCUGUGACAUUACAAGCUUCUUUUUCUGCUGACCUCUGUAAAAGAUGAAGUUUCUUUACAUAGAUAGUUGUAUGGUUCUUAAAGUGAGGGAGAAAAUCAAAAUAACUGAAAAGGAAAAACAAAGAAGAACAUCUGUCAAACACUCACAAGUAGGAGAAUUAGGUUUAACAAUUAAUAUGAAAUGACGGCAGGAUGGAGUGAAGGGAAAUCUGAUGUUCUGACCCAGGCACUGGUUUGUGGCCCCGCUGAAGUCAUCCACCCUGGAAGCACAGCCAGACCUCUGAGUCAGCACUUUGCCAAGGAGUGAGAGUGGGGCUGAGAGGGUGUGUAUGGUGCCAGGUCACUCCAGACUGGCAGCCUCACAGACUGCUCUCUGCUGGCUCUGCAGAACCCAGACCCGGGGUGAUGAGCCAAGGCUGGACCCUGGAACCAGGAGAAAACCUGCAGAUGUGCUGGGGCAAGUUCUCGAAAGUGAAGCACAUGAGUGAGUGCUUACUGUGUUAGAGGCUAGCCCUGUCAUCUUCGCCACGUCCUUCAGGAGGAUGCACCAUUGCUCCUACUUCACACAAGUCACCUAGCAGAUGUGCCUGAGGACACUGACUCACAGGCUCACGCUUACCACCAGAGAGGCCCGAGCGAUGGAGGGGUUGCUGCACUACAUCAACCCAGCGCAUGCCAUCUCUCUGCUCAGCGCUCUCAACGAAGAGCGCCUCAAGGGGCAGCUGUGUGAUGUGCUCCUGAUUGUCGGAGACCAGAAGUUCCGAGCUCAUAAGAAUGUCUUGGCUGCCAGCAGUGAGUACUUUCAGAGUUUAUUCACAAAUAAGGAAAAUGAGUCGCAGACUGUCUUUCAGCUCGACUUCUGUGAACCGGACGCCUUUGACAACGUGCUGAACUACAUCUACUCCUCGUCCCUGUUUGUGGAGAAGGGCAGCCUUGCCGCUGUGCAGGAGCUGGGCUACAGCCUGGGGAUCUCCUUCCUGACCAACAUUGUCUCCAAAGCCCCACAGGCUCCCUUCCCAGCCUGUCCCAGUAGAAAAAGAGUGUCCAUAGAGGAUGAAGAGACCAGUUCUCAAAAGAGAAGUGUCAUCGUGUGUCAGAGUAGAAGUGAAGCACAAGGAAAGGCUGUCAGUCAGAAUCCGUCUGAUCUGAGCCAUGCUGCCCGGCCCUCACCGAGUAGCGCACCCAAGACCAGUACCAAUAAACCAGCUCCAAAGCCAACAGAACCACUUCACAGCCUGUCAUUAACUGAAAAGAGCUGGUCAAAAGAGAGUUCCGUGGGGUUUGCCAAGUCUCUUGAGCAUUCUGGGUCUUUGGAUGACCCUAGUAGAAGCAACUCGGUGAAGAGGAAUGCAGUGCUUCCCUCAAAGCCUCUGCAGGACAGAGACACUGUGGACGAUAAGCCAGGGGUGAGUGGUCAGCUUCCCAAGGGAAGAGCUAUAGAGCUGGCCUUGACAAGACCACGGCCACCUGUUUUGUCUCUCCGCAGCUCAUCAGAGACUCCCUAUCUCUUAAAAGAAACUAACAAAGGAAGUGGUCAAGGUGAAGACAGGAAUUUGUUGUACUAUUCCAAGUUAGGCUUAGUGGUCCCGUCCAGUGGAUCUGGUUCUGGAAACCAAAGCAUUGACAGAAGUGGCCCACUUGUUAAGAGCCUCCUCAGACGGUCGUUGUCAAUGGAUAGCCAGGUUCCUGUCUACUCACCCUCCAUAGAUUUGAAAUCUUCCCAGGGAUCAUCUGCAGUAUCCAGUGAUGCACCAGGGAAUAUGUUUUGUGCUUUAUCUCAAAAGUCAUCUUUAAAAGAUUGUAGUGAAAAAACAACCCUAGAUGACAGGCCUCAAGUGCUACAACCACAUCGCCUCAGGUCCUUCAGUGCUUCUCAGUCCACAGACAGGGAAGGGGCCUCCCCCGUGACUGAGGUGCGCAUUAAGACUGAGCCCAGCAGCCCACUCUCAGACCCUUCGGACAUCAUCCGCGUCACCGUGGGAGAUGCAGCAGCCGCCACGCGAGAUCUGCCUCUGAAAACAGAAGAUGACCACAAGGACAUGAGCAGGCUACCAGCAAAGAGGAGGUUCCAGGCAGACAGAAGGUCACCCUUCAAGAAGGCGAAGGCAGACGAGCAGGGCCCUCUCGCAUCAGAAGGUAACUGUGAGGACAGCACAAGCCCUCCCCUGGAUGGAGAGUUCCCAGAUUCUGACUUGAACAAAGAUGGACUUGGUGAGUUGGAGGGGACAAGACCAAACAAAAAAUUUAAAUGCAAACAUUGCCUUAAAAUCUUUAGAUCAACAGCAGGUCUCCACCGCCACGUUAACAUGUACCAUAACCCAGAGAAGCCCUACGCUUGUGACAUCUGUCACAAGAGGUUUCACACCAACUUCAAAGUGUGGACACACUGUCAGACCCAACACGGCAUAGUGAAGAACCCGUCACCAGCCUCUAGUUCCCACGCAGUUUUGGAUGAGAAAUUCCAAAGAAAGCUGAUUGACAUAGUGAGAGAGAGGGAGAUUAAGAAGGCCCUGAUCAUUAAGCUGAGGCGCAGCAAGCCUGGCUUUCAGGGACAGAGUAGCUCCCCAGCACAGCAAGUCAUCAAGAGGAACUUGCGCUCUCGAGCCAAAGGAGCUUACAUUUGUACUUACUGUGGAAAGGCGUACCGCUUUCUCUCUCAGUUUAAGCAGCACAUAAAAAUGCACCCCGGAGAAAGACCCCUCGGAGUAAAUAAAGUUGCUAAGCCAAAAGAGCAUGCUCCUCUGGCAAGCGCAGUAGAGAGCAAAGAGGUUUACCCGUGCCGCCUCUGUAAUGCUAAGCUCUCUUCUCUUCUAGAGCAAGGCAACCACGAGCGCCUGUGCCGGAACGCCACCGUUUGCCCUUACUGCAGCCUCAGGUUCUUCUCGCCCGCGCUGAAGCAGGAGCAUGAGGACAGGUGUGAGUAUAAGAAGCUGACCUGCCUCGAGUGCAUGCGCACCUUCAAGUCCUCCUUCAGCAUCUGGCGGCACCAGGUGGAAGUGCACAACCAGAACAGCAUGGCCCCCACUGAGAACGUCUCCCCACCCGCGCUGGACCACAAUGGCGAAGUAACGGCUGCUUCUAGGCCCCAGCCCCAGCCAGAGCCUCAUAAGGUAAAUCACAUCACCACACCAAAAGACGACAGUGCGUUCAGUGACUCUCCAGAGCAAGUGAACUUUGACUCAGAGGACUCCUCCUGCCUCCCUGAAGACCUUAGUCUUUCUAAACAACUGAAAAUCCAGGUCAAAGAGGAGCCAGUGGAGGAGGCGGAGGAGGAGGCGCCCGAGGCCAGUGCAGCCCCUAAGGAAGCAGGCCCCAGCAAGGAGGCUGGCCUGUGGCCCUGCGAGAAGUGCGGGAAGAUGUUCCCAGCCCACAAGCAGCUGGAGCGGCACCAGGAGCUGCUGUGCUCAGUGAAGCCCUUCAUCUGCCACGUGUGCCACAAAGCCUUUCGCACCAAUUUCCGGCUCUGGAGUCACUUCCAGUCCCACAUGUCUCAGGCCACAGAAGAGACGGCGCAUAAAGAGGCAGAAGUAUGCCCUGUACCCACAAACUCUCCCUCGCCACCACCUCUGCCACCACCGCCGCCCCUGCCCAAGAUCCAGCCUCUGGAACCCGACAGUCCCACUGGCCUGCCUGAAAACCCCACCCUGGCCACAGAGAAACUGUUUGCACCCCAGGAGUCGGACACUCUUUUCUACCAUGCCCCACCCCUUUCAGCAAUCACAUUUAAAAGACAGUUCAUGUGUAAGCUCUGCCACAGGACAUUCAAAACAGCCUUCAGUCUCUGGAGUCACGAACAGACACACAAUUGAAAGACCCACACUUACCCGAUUUGAAAUGGGAGACUCCUGAAUUGUGAACUGUCCUAAAAAUCAAAAUAUUUUUUAAAAAAGAAUAAAGGUUGGAAAUUGUUAUGCUUGAAUUUAAGUUUGAGAUAAACUGACUUUAAUUAGAAAUGUCCUAACUCAACCUCAGAAAUAAACUCUAAAAUAUUGUGGUUCCAAACCUCACAGCAAUUGCGGGGUUUGAUUUCAACAGCGGGGUUACUGUUGAAAUUGGAUUAAUCUUGAUGGAUUGCACAGUCCUUAUUCCGAGGUGUCAGUAUAAUCAUUUAAUUGAGGUUUUUGUUUUUUACUGAUUUGUAAUUAGUGGAAUGCUGUCAGAGUAUUCCUUCUUCUGAUUAUUUGAGACUUCUGAGUUCUAGUUAAAUCUUAGCAAUGUUCUUAAGGCCAAAAUGUAUCAGGAAGAAGUGGAAUUGCUGACAGUAUUAGUUUAGAUCUUAGACACCUUAGCAAUAAAAAAUGAUAAACCUCAACUUUAACAAGUUAUCCUGGCACUUGAGAAAAACAAAUGUUUGGUAUUUUGUGGUCACGUAAGAACUUUUUCUAUGAAAAUUGUGAAAAAUUAAAUCAGCAAUAGUUACACUUAGAUUUUUACAGAAUAACGAAAACUUGCUCUCUGUCACUUAGUAUGUCGAAUAAUGGUCAUGCUCCACGAAAGACACGGAAAUGAAAACAUGAUAUACAGGAGUCCACCAUUUCCAGGAGCUUCAGCUGCAAUGGGCAUGUCAUAAAGACCUCUGUAUCACAGUCUAAAUCAGACCUGCAUUCAAAGGACCGUGCGUGUUUGGUUUUCUCUGAUUUAGUUUGUCACAAAUUGAAAGUCUGAGUGUUAUUGGAACAAAACGCAAAGCUGACAUGGUACUCAUUGUGGAUUUGACAUUCGUAUAACAGGUAUGUGGGGACAAGUGUGUAGGCAGACCCCAGCACUCGGAAGGAGUACAGCCACUCUACUUUCUGAACCACCACUUCCUUCUGGAGACCUCAGCAGAGGAGGAAGCCCCACCUUGCACUUCGGACGCGCUUUCCAGGAACAGUGUAUACAAAACACACGGUCUCCUGCCUCUCUGUCUUUUGUGAAGACUUCUGUUAGGAUGUGUUGGAGUUUAUGGCGGUUAGAUUAUCAGUAGCAGAACCAUUCUGCUCUAAGUCACGACUUAAUAUUCAAACGUGAUAAAGCACUUACAAAGGGUCCAAAACUGAUUUUUGCUACUUAUUUCGGUUCAUAGGGUUUGGGGUUUUUUUUUUUUUUUUUUUUUCCUACUUUGUGUCAGUUGUAAUUAAAUGGCUUUUAGUAGGUGUUAUCCAAAGUUCAUUUGGGUACUUCAAAAGGGAAAACUUUAAUUCCACUUUUGUGGGGAGGGUUACAUAUAUAAAGAAAUAUUAUUGAAACCAUGAAGUCCUUUGUAGGUAGCGAUACAGAUUAAGACUCUUGAGUUUAUAUAUUUUUUAAACAGAUAUUCUUUCAAAUUAGAAAAGUCAACUUGGAUGAUUGAGAAGCAGUUUUCAAUUUGUACUCUAAUGGAAGAGAACUCCGCUCAUCCAUCUCAUUGUCAACAUUCCACACCAACACUGGGAAAGAUAUCCUUUUUUGAAGCAGGCAUUUUUAUAAAAUACUAAUUGACUUUGUAUAUUAUAGAAAUUAUAUAUGAAAAUUUGCCUUUUAUCCUUUCACUUGAAAAAGCUAUCAAAAAUCCCACAAUAUUUUAGUAGUUAUUUUCUAUUUUGUUCUUAAAUUUGAUGAAGAAAGGAAAAUAAAAUUAAGUUGCAGUUACUGAUUCUUGCCAUCUCUAUAUUUUCUUGAAGAUAUCUAUGCAUUUUAAAGAUGAAACUAAAGCAUAUGACCUUUAAUGAAAAACUUCAUAUGGAUCAUCGCACGUGGAAUUCGUUCCCUGUUAGUGCGGUCUUUCUUACUCUGAGCGCUAGCUGCCACAUCAGAACAAAGCAGUCACCCUGACACCUACAUGACUGUUGGCAUAUCUGUGGUAACUCCACGAAUAAUCUUGGCAUUGCAGAUUCAGUGUCCCAGGACUUGAACCUUUAUGCUACAUUUCUGAAGAUUUUUUUAAAUAAUACCAUUAAUCAGUAAAAAAUAUUUUUGAUCUCAAUAUAGACUCUGCAUAUCUGUUAGAUUUUAAAAAUUAACCAGUGUUUUGUCUUGUUCACUUUUUUUUUCUUGUCUAGGCAAGAAAUAUAAGAUUUCAAAUAAAAUUUUGAACCAAAAACAUUUAUAAUGCAGUUCUGGAUUUUUCUAUUACUUUUUAUAAUGUACCUUAAAAGCAUUAGGCUGAAAGAGUUUAUUUUGGUGGUCAAAAACAGAAAAUGCUUCCACUCAUGUAACUAUUUUAAAUGUUAAGAAGUAAAAUAAUGAAAGACACGUUAAUUACUUUAUUCAGUAAACAGUUUUUUAAAGAAUGUUUAUCUCAGCCAGUAGGCAAAUAUUUGGUGUAAAAUAAAUUGGUCUUUCAUCAUUGCAACUCCUUUAGAUAGUAAAGAUAUUCUUGUAAAUGUUUUUUCUGAUUGUAAUUAAUUUUUGAAAAUGUAGAAAAUUCAUUUAUUCCUUGUAAGUAUUCAGGAUGCCUGCUUUUUUAUGCAGUGUGGAAAGAAUGUAAAACAUUUUAAUAUAUUUGUUAAUCUGAGAACUUGUUAUUGAAUCCUUUUAUGUGGGGUAGGGAGGGAGUAACAUAAAAGUGUUUUUUAUCACAGUAAGCAAUGGAGGUAACAAAUAUUGUGCAUUUUAAUAGUAAUACUUCAAGAUUAAUAGAAUAUUCAUGCUUAAGACUAGUUGGUAUGCAUUUAUAAUUUUACCAAAAUGUUCAACUAGCAAUUCAAUAAUGAAUGUUAUUGACUUUUGUGGGGAGAUAUAUGUU